CUACAUCCUUUUUGACAGCCUUGCGCAUUGCUCUGGUCCAAAUGGCUGUGGCCGAGGAGAAGACCAAGAACGUGGAGCGGGCCGUGCAGUUCAUCGAGGAGGCUGCCGGCAACGAUGCCCAGCUGGUGGUGCUGCCGGAGUUAUUCAACGGACCCUGCAGCCUCAGUGAGAAUCCCAAUUACGUGGAGACCGUCCCCGGCGAGAGCACCGCCCCCCUCGGUGACGCGGCGAAGAAGUUUGGCGUGUUUGUGGUGGGCGGCUCGGUGCGGGAGAGGGAGGGCGACAAGAUCUACAACACCUGCACAGUCUGGGGGCCACAGGGCAACAUGUUAGCAAAGUACAGAAAGAUGCACCUUUUUGACGUCAAUAUGCCUGGUGAAAUAGUCUUGCAAGAGUCCAGCGUGUUCACUCCUGGCAACACCUUGACCACCUUUGAGCUCCCUCACUGUAAGAUUGGUCUCGGCAUCUGUUACGACAUGAGGUUUCCAGAAAUCGCCCGACUUUAUGCAAAGUUAGGGUGCAAAGUGGUGAUCUACCCCGGAGCCUCCUGCAAUGUAACCGCCCCGGACCACUGGCAGCUGCUGCAACGAACCCGUGCCAUUGACAACCAGGUGUACGUGGCGAACGUUUCUCCCGCUCGCAACACAAACCAUUUUUUCGUCACCUGGGGCCACUCCACGAUUGUCAACCCCUGGGGGGAGGUCAUCGCCACUUGUGAGGAAAAGGAGACCAUCAUCUAUGGUGACCUGGACAUGGACUACGUGGAUAAGGUGCGACAAAGGAUUCCUAUCCUCAAGCAUAUACGGGACGACGUCUACGAGGUGACGGCCAAGUAAAAACAAGAGGCCAUAAAGUGUGUGUGUGUGUGUGUGUGUGUGUGUGUGUGCAUGGUGAUGAUCAACAUUUGUCGCUAUACUUAUUGUUUUUAUGUGUCAAAGGUGACCCUGAGGCUGGGAUGGGCCUCAGGGAUGGAGAAAUUUAACCCACUAGAAAAAUAGUAAUAUUAUUAUUAUUAUUAUUAUUAUUAUUAUUAUUAUUAUUAGUAGUAGUAGUAGUAGUAGUAGUAGUAGUAGUAGUAGUAGUAGUAACCCCUUUAAAAUUAGUAUUCCUGUCAGGGUUGCCGGUUUAAACCAAAUGGUUUAAACCAUGGUUUAAACAGUGGUUUAAACCAACUAAUAUUUUUUUUUUUAAUUCUUUCCUUUAGUGUGUAUCUUUGUUAGUUUCUUCAUAAGUAUUGUGGUUUUAACUAUAUGAAAGAUUUUAAUUAUGUACAGCAGGGUUGGCGGUUUAAACCAGGGGUGUCAGGGCCAAUUCAUACUCUGAAGCGCCGUCAUGAGGGCCAAGAUUGAAGUUACCGUGAUACCGCGGGCCAUUUAUGACUAUCCCGCGGGCCAUGAGUUUGACAGCCCUGGUUUAAACCAAAAACCCAUCAAUAAAACCAGUGUUUUUUAUGUACCUUUGUUAGUUUCAUCAGGUAUUGUGGUUUUAAUUAUAUAGGGUUAUGAAUUUUUUUUAUUAUGCACAGUCAUUUUACUAAUACCAGGAUGAAAACAUCAGUUGGUAAACUCAAAUCUCUAUUCAUUUCACACACCCACACCCACACACAUACACACGCACACACACACACACAGAGAGAGAGAGAGAGAGAGAGAGAGAGAGAGAGAGAGAGAGAGAGAGAGAGAGAGAGAAUUUACCGGAGCGAGCGGAAGAGAGGGACUAGUGGAGUUCAUUCAUUCAUUCCGGUGGAGAGAUCGAAGGAGGGGUGAAAAAAUGCAAAGGGGGAGGGGAAACUAGUAUAAAUCAAAAGGAUAGAAAUAUAGUACGAGAGAAGAGUGGUGGGCUUAACCACCUUGCUCUGGAACUUUUUAUUUCAUAUAUCCAUGCCCUGCACCUUGUCUCCAUGAAUCUUUAAGUAUUUACGGCAAGCUAUUCAUUUAUUAAGUUGGUAAUAAUAAAAUUUAAUGCAAAAUUUGUUUGUUAAUUCUCCCGAGACCUAAUACAAUAUAAACA